AUGAGGAGCUGGGCUAAUCGCCCCCACUCAUCCCUUCUCGCCUCUUUCCUCGCGGCCUCUUGCCUUCUCGUGGCCGGAUCACCUCAGGAAUUGCAUGAAGCAUCUGGAUCCAGAAUUCUUCAUCAAACAAAGCCACACACACAUGAGGUGCAUUGUUCAAGGGAAAGGAGCCGUGCAGCUUGGAAAGCUGUUGAUGAGUACUUGAUGCCCUUUGUGGAGAAGGAGAAAUAUGAACUCCCAAGCAAAUGCAGGCUUCGUCCUGAAAACGACAUGUUUCGGGAACAAGAGCAACAUAAGAUCCAUUUUGAUGUUAAUGAGUGGCGUUGUGGCUUCUGCAAGAAAUCAUUUCGAGCAGAAAAAUUUAUCGAUCAGCAUUUUGCAAACCGGCACAAUAAUUUGUUGGAUAAUACUCAAGGAAGAUGCUUGGCAGAUCUUUGUGGAGCACUUCACUGUGAUCUGACAAUGGAGUUCAAGAAACCAAAAAGUAAAUGCAAUGCUGCUGCAGCUGCAAGGAACCGUCAUCUUUGUGAGAACCUUGCGGACAGUUGCUUUCCUAUUAAUCAAGGGCAUUCUGCCAGCCGACUUCAUGAAUUUUUCUUGCGCCAAUUCUGUGAUGCUCAUACUUGCAAUGGGGGCUCCAAACCUUUCCCCAAAGGUGGCAGGAAACAAACAAACAGAUUCUACCUGGCUCUCUGCAUCUUGACAAUGCUGCUUUUGCCUGUGUUCUAUCUCAUAGUAUUUUUACACCAGAGGGAAAUGAAGAAAGGAGAUCAAGUUUUCAAACGAAUCGGAAAAACCGUGCACAAGAAAAAGCCGUCCUAG